AUGACACGUGAGGAGGAUUUACUGCGACAUUACCACGAUGCACUAACAGCGCAACUCAACAAGGACAACGCUGCCGUGGCUACAGCGUAUACAUACCAAGCUAUGAUGGACCAAUACGCAUGCGCGGUGACAGACUUCUACCGCUUCACAGUCGGCUGGAAUAUGUACAUGCGUAAUGAGCGGCGCACCCGAGCGAUCGUGGACAAAACCAUAGCUGCAUUCCGGUGUAGACCAAAUGAUAGUAUUGUAACCGACGAGCUGUGUAUCAGCUUAUUCACGGAAUAA